CACCACCAUGGCGGCAACACCAGAGAAAACUUCUCUCUGGAUUCUUGACAGCCUGUCUCUCCCCUCCUCUUCCUCCCUCCUCUUCGUCCCUCCCUCUUGUCGCACAUCUGGAGCACGUCGAGCACACUCCUCGCCUGCUAUGGACAGCGUGCUCGUGGACUGAAGCGUGUCUGAAAGGUUGAAGUCGAAGAAGACUGCUUCAUGUUUGUUGAGCUCUCAGCAGCGAGCAUGGCCUUUCCCAAGCAUUCCAUCCCGCAGGCCCUCAGCGUACUGGUCCUGGCUGGGCUGUUGGUUCUGGGCCAGGUCCCAGUGGAACAAGAGGCAGAGGAGCCAGUGAAGCAGCCUGAUAUCGCUGUGGCGAAAUCGGAUCCCAGUGAAUGCCCGGUGGAUUGCAGCUGUACGGCUGAGGGGACGGUGGACUGCGCCGGAGUGGACCUCACAGAGUUCCCUGGGGAGCUGCCGGACACAACCCGCCAACUGGCACUACAGAACAACAAAAUUGAGGAGAUAAGAGUGGAGCACCUUUCUCACCUCCAUCUGCUUGAGACGCUCAACCUGCAGAACAACUGGCUCACCACUGAUGGCCUGGAAGAUGAAGGCUUUGAGAUGUUGGAAGAACUGGCUUACUUGUACCUGGCCAACAACAAGCUAACCUCAGCGCCGAAGGUUUUACCACCUUCUUUGGUCAGUGCCGACUUUGCUGCCAAUCAGCUGACCAAGCUCUUCCCGUACACGUUUGGCCACAAACCAAAGCUGAGGUCUGUGUAUCUCCACAACAACAAGCUAACAGAUGCCGGGCUUCCAGAUCACAUGUUCAACGGUUCUGACAAUCUGGAAAUCCUCACCAUGUCCAGCAACUUCCUGCGGACCGUCCCCAAGAACCUGCCCCCAACCCUGUACCGUCUUCAUUUGAAGAGCAACAAGCUGGAGAAAAUCCCCGCUGGAGCCUUCGACAGUAUGCCAAACCUCCGUGAGCUAUAUCUUCAGAACAACCUCCUCAGCAACGACGGCAUGGACAACGAGACCUUCAGCCUCUUGAACAGCUUGGAGUGUUUGGACUUGUCCAACAACAACUUAAGCGUGGUGCCCAAAGGUCUCCCUCGCAACCUGGUGCUGCUGCACCUGGAGAAGAAUUCCAUCCGCAGCAUCCCUGCGGACGCUCUCAUUUCUGUUCGGAAUCUGGAGUAUCUUCUACUGCACAACAACAAGCUGCGUUCACGUUUCAUCCACCCGGCUGCCUUCCAGGGCCUUAAGAAGCUGCACACUCUUCACAUGUACAACAACCUGCUGGAGCGGGUUCCCAGGGGCUUGCCCCGGCGGGCUAAGACCCUCAUGCUGCUCCACAACUCCAUCACGGAAAUUGGUCGCAACGACCUAGCGCUGUUGUACACGUUGACGGAGCUCAACCUCAGCUACAACCAGCUGAGUAACGCCAAGCUGCACCGCGACGCCUUCAGGAAGCUGCGUCUGCUGGAGACCCUGGACUUGUCGGGGAAUGCGCUUCACUCACUGCCAGCGGGCCUGCCUCGCAGCCUGAAGGCGCUGGAGGUCAAAAACAACCGUCUGAGCUCCAUAGAGGAGGGUGCUCUGACAGGCAUGGACAAGCUGCAGAAGCUGAUCCUGAGCGAGAACGAGCUAAGACUCAACUCCAUCUACCAGGGGGCUUGGAUGGAGCUCAGUGCACUCACAACACUGGACCUGUCUGCUAACCAACUAUCACACAUCCCGUCUGACCUGCCUGAGUCUCUUGAGUACCUCUACCUUCAGAGGAACCGCAUCUCCAGCAUUCCCGCGUCUGCCUUUGAAGGAACGCCCAACAUCAAAGGCAUAUUCCUGCGGUUCAACCGACUGUCGGUGGAUGCCGUGGACGAGAGCUCCUUCGCUCACCUGUCCAACCUGCAGGUGCUCGACAUCGGCGGGGGGCCCGGCGACGCCCCAUUCAGGAGAAUGGACAUGGACGGAGAGGAGGAGACAGAGGAGUAGCAGGUGACAUCAUAAAGGGAGGGAGAGACUUUGAGUGUCUUUGGAGUGCCAGCCUACCUGAGGAUGGUCCAGGACAGUUUUCUGGUGCAGGAUACCGGAUAAAGUUAGUGUCCUCGUCUGAGCUUGUUGGACUAGCUUGUCCUUCUAGCCGAGCUUCAUGGGAAUCAAACAUGUGAGCAAAAGUUUGCUUUGCGUCCGUCUAACAGCAUAUAAAUACAUGACAACACCACAACUGUCACUUCUUUUGUCUGUCAAACACAUAGACACAAUGACACAUAGUGACACAACAUUAACGUCUAUAAAUUAUAGAAUAACAACAUGGUAUUGCAUCAACACAUAUUACACAAUGAUUAUUAGCCAACCUUAAUUUCAACUCUAUUUGAAUAAACAUCAUGCAUGACACACAUCCAAAGUCAUAUGUUGUCAUGACGUGACCUUUAAUUGAUUAUUGAUUUUUAAAGCAAUAAUAUGAACGCUAACAUCAAACUUAGCUAAACUCUUUUACUUGAACAACCUCAAUGCAAAACUAAACUGUAUGAUGUCACAAUCUAUCAUAUCAAAUAUAUAGUCAGUAUGUAUUGAUAUUAAUUAUGUUCAAACUAAAAUUCCCUUACAAACUGGACGCUGACCGAUUAUGUCAUAAAUUGGAAAUGAUGAUGGAUUUGUAGAUUACAGCAUAUCAUAGCAACCAUGUAAUAGGCCCCCUUGUGGCUACGAGCAGUAUAGUCAUGGUGUGACGUAGUCAGCUGAUUGCAGACUUAGUAAGUGCCAUGAUCAUCUGGUGGUGCCAGGGCACCAUCGCUUUAAUGGUCAUAAUCUGACUUUUGAUCUUCCUUUUUUUUAAAAAUCCAACAUAUAUGAAAUAAUAAUAAUAAUAUGUCUCCAACUGGCAGAGACAGAAGUCCUCUAAUUCCCCUAGGGGGACACUGAGGUAUUCCCAGGCCAUGGAUGGAUGAAUGGAUGGAUGGAUGGUUAAAUGAAUAGAUGAAUGGAUGGAUGAAUGGAAGGACUUUGUGCUGACUCAUCAGUGUCUCGCACCCCCCCCGCUGUCUUAAGGCAGAAUCCAACAAGUGACUUUGGAUCCACAAGCUCCAUGCUAGCACCACCAGUCUGGUGCGGGUCCACCUGGAGAACAUCAAAUGUUCUAAAGGAUCGGUCUUAUUGUGAAGCCUUCACAGCUCAGACAAAAGACAAAACAUGGACAACCAGCUGGUGCCUGACGUCCCUUCUCCUGUGCACGUGUUUGAGCGCCGUGGGCCCCACCAGUGCUGUGAGCCAGUGGAUAGACAUGAAGUUCAAGUCCAGGAGGAGACUACACAUUGGUCUCCAGGCCGUUCAUGUCCACAGAGCAGUGGUCUUUGUUCUUCUUGAGGUGCCUCGGGGGCACACGGGGCUUCUUCCUGUCUGGCGGCGGCCGCACGCCCUCCUCCAGCUGCAUGAGGCGAGCCACCUCGGGGGGCACCAGGGCGUGCUUGGCUCCCGAGGAGGGGAGCCGGUAGUUGCCGUUGUUGUUGUGACAGUUCAUGAGCAUCGCCGUGUUGGCCGCCGGCUUACUCUCACAGAUGAGCGGCACCUGGAUGCCACGCGGAGGUGAGGAUACAGGAAGUGAAGAAGGUGAACGUGGAGGACAAAGACAACAUUAUACAACACCAUAUCGUCAUGCGACAAUGACACAAGUCAAAGCUGUUACAAUAUCUUCAAAGUAGUACAAUUAAAACAACUCUCACAACCAGAAUGCUAACAAUACUGUUAAAUUAAUGACAUCAUUAUGAAACUUAUGAAGUCAGGUGUACCUAAUCAAUAGUACCCAUGCAUGUACUGUAUGUUGUUGCUAUGCAACGGUAGUGCGGACUCACCCCGUCUCCCUCCUUCAUGAAGUCUUUCCUACAGAUGUGUGCCAUGAUUCCUGUGGCCAAAGCAUCACCCAUGACGUUCACCAUGGUGCGGAAUCGGUCUCUGUAGAGCGGGAGGGAAAGGUGAUGCAUUCUAAAAAGGUUCCAGAAGAUGUUCGUGAACAAACUUACAGCGCCCAGUCCACAGCAAUGAUCAGAGAGAUGUCAUCGGUUGGCAGGCCGACGGAUGUGAGCACAAUCACCAUGGUGACCAGUCCAGCUUGGGGGAUUCCUGCAGCACCGAUGCUGGCAGCCGUGGCUGUGAUGCUGUGAAGGAGGACAGACACACCUGUUCAUUAUUUUAACUUACUAACAGCACAUACAUUAUUACAUUAUGCUGCUAAGCUACAUACAGUAUUAUUGUUUUAACUUACUAAUAGCACAUACACUAUUACAUUAUGCUGCUAAGCUACAUAUAGUAUUAUUGUAUUUAUUUCUAAAUUCCUCUUUUAAGCCAUUAGUGUCUUUUAAAAAUGUUCAAUCAUUUGCUGCCAUCUGGCCAAGGACUCCCUGCAAACAAAGAAAUGUUGUAUCUCAAAGGGACCUUGCGGGUAAAUAAAGACAAGCAUGAGUGGAGGUGGGGGUCAGAGGUGACGCAGUGGCAUGAUGGGAAUAUGGUCCUGUAUGGAGGUCAUGUGGGUGCUUUUCCGAGAGAUAAGCGGAUCAUUUGCAUUAUGUAGACACAUGUAGUGAAGCUUGUUGAAGAACAUAAACAGGUCAAAUGUGAUGGAUGCAUGCCAAGAGCACAUACACGCACACAAUGAUUAGUCAAGGACGAUUAUUAUUAUUGAACAACUACAGUACUCUCGUAAGUAAAUUCAAAAUGUCAAUUAAGCUCUAGCUGAAUAUUUUAAAAAGUAAACAUCAGCUUUUGUCUUUUUUAGGAAAAUAACCACAUGUUUAUGUAACUACAUGAAAAAACAGUCUCCCCAUUGGACUUGUUUAUUUUCAUCUGAGGAAAACAAGUAAUAACUGUGCAUGCCUUGCUAUAGGUUGUUCAGCUACAUUACGCUUACAUCCAAUAAGCAUUAUACCGUUAUACCUCACAUUUGUAAACAAAUCUGCGUUUUGUGUAAUUUUUUUUCUAUUGCAAUACUCUGUGUGCAUUAUGUUUGUUUUUAUAGUCUUAUUUAUUACUUUCACAUUAUGCAGUCAGUUUUGUAUUUUUAGUCACAUUUAUCCUCCUUCCUUUGUACUUUAAAUUUCUGUUUUUAACUGUACAUUUUCUACGGCAUCAGAGGAAUUUCCCCCAGUGUGUUUAUUUUAUCUCAUCUUUUACAACUGUUAGACAGUUUGAACUUUGACAAUAUGCAGAAAAAUCAUCAUAUGCUGUAAAUAUUUACAAUUAGAAAAUAGAGACACCUAAACACAGGAAGUGAACACAUUUUCAAUGACAAAAAGUAAAACAUAAUUAACAGAUUAUGUUUCUAUUAAGUGUCAACAUGUUGAACACACACAAACACACACACGUGGCAGUAAUCCCAGAACCCGUUGGUGGACAUCAGUGGUGAGGGAUA